GUACCAUUUUGUAUUAAAUAUCGCCGGGUUGGCUUUGCUUACACAUUUCAUUCCGUGUUAGGUUAUUACCCGACAACGUUUAAUCUGUAUACAACACGUCUUUGAAAACAAAUUAUCAACAAGAAUUACAUCUAAAUAUACGUGAAUUACACCAAAAUGUCUCUGCCAACCAACACUGAUUUAACAGAAGAAGAUGCCGCCGAUCUGCAAUUCCCAAAAGAAGUCAAAGCAUCUCCUGCAGUUAGCAGUACACUUAAUAAUAAAUGUGACAACAAAUGCGGCAAUUGUGAUACUGAUUUAUCCGAUAGGUAUAUUUUAUGUGCGCAGUGCCAGGAGACACUUUGUCUCAAUUGUUUCGCCAACGGUGCUGAAAUGCGCAACCACAAAAACGAUCAUCCUUACAAAAUAAUCAACCAUGACUUCAAUCUGUUUGAUAAUACUGACUGGACAGCUAAAGAAGAACUAGCACUUUUGAAUGGUUUACUCAACUAUGGCAACUGGCAGAGUAUAUUAAAACAAUCCACAGUAUUAUCACAUCGAAGUGUUGAUGAAUUAAAACAACAUUAUGAUCAUUAUUAUCUAGAAAAAGCAGGGUCUGAUCAGUUCCCUAACAUUGAACUACAAGAAAAUGUUCAGUAUAAACCACUUAUGCCUUAUAGAUUUAAAACAAAUGAAGUGCCUGAUCCAAUCCGAGGUGAUGACAAUGUCUACGCAGGUUAUUCAGCUGCCAGGUCUGAUUUUGAGUAUGAUUAUGAUAAAAACGCAGAGGAUAUGGUGGCGAAAUUAGAUAGUCUAAAUCCAUCUGACGCUGAUUACGCAUUAUUGAGUAAUCUACAAGUUGGUAUUUUGAAUGCAUACAGAAGGAGGCAAGGAGAAAGGCAGCGAAGGAAAGCUGUGAUUCGUGAACAUGGUUUGAUUAUGCCACAGAAAACAAAAUCAUGGCUGCAGAGGUAUUACACGACGAUCACGCCAAUGGUUUGUGAUAAAUUAACGCGGUUUAUGCAGUUCUACACUGGGCAGAAGUUUGUUUAUUUGAUGGAGGGUUUACAUCGGAUUGGAGAGCUUAAACUGCAAACGUCAAGGUUAAUAGAAUAUCGUCGUCAUGGAAUUUGCACUCUACAAGAAGCGAAACUUUAUCUACGAUUAAAAAAGCAUCGGGAAGCUUGCAUGAAAGAUUUAAAACGUUUCCAGCAGGCUUCCGAGUUGUCCUUCAAGUAUAAACAGCCCGUAUCCCUGAAUGUGGGUGUGAAGCGACGUGGAUUAACCCCGUUGGACAUUGUCGGAUUACCCGGAUACGAAAAAAUAACCACCAACGAGCGUGACUUGUGUCGGACGAUUCGUUUAUCACCAGAUAAUUAUCUAGACCUGAAACAGAUAUUAAUUCAAGAAAAUAAUAAAUUAGGCUAUUUAAAACUGCUAACUGCUAGGAGAUUGUUGAAAAUCGAUGUGAAUAAGACGCGGAAAUUGUAUGAUUUUCUCAUUUCCGAAGGGCAAAUUGUUCCGAAAGUGAACGAUUAAAUUUUUCCGAGAUA